UUUCGGCUCAAGGUAGAUUUGGCCCCGCAGGUUCCCCUCAAGCCCACUAGAGCAGCACCUCUCCGAGUUGCAUAUCGCCGCUUCUGGAACCAUGUCAGGCAUGUACGUUCUGGGCGGCAUCAUUGCUGUGCUCGUUUUCCUGGUUCUCCGAAACAACCUCAGGCACAAGCGUGCUGGCGACACUGGGUUCUUCCGCUCUCUCUCGCCUUGGGAGGAAGGGAAAGAGAUCAAGCCGGCGGUGAAGCAACAAUUUAUGUUCUGGGGAGGCGUGAUGGCAGGCAUCUCGUCGGCAGCAAUCACCCACCAACUCGAUGUGAUGAAGACAUGCCGGCAAGUUGGUAAUCCACUUCCUGAGACCUUCAACGGUUACUUGGUCGGCAUGGUGAUGGGCUCUGUCGCUCAGGGAGCCCGCUUCGGUGUGACGCUGGUGUUGAAUGCCACCCUGCAGAAAAAGCUCGAUUCUUGGGAGAAGAACUUCAAGAAAGGCUCAUGCGCGCAAGUAGUCGUGGCUUUCUGCUUCAGCAUGCUGGCGGGUGGCAUUGGCGAGAUGAUGACCAAUCCGUUCGGUGUGAUCAAGAACUAUCAGAUUGCCAACAACGUCGGUAUCGCCGCUGCCGCACAAAGCCUCUACGAGCUCGGUGGCAUCGGGCGCUUCUUCAAUGGCAUCGGCUUUGGUGUGUUCCGCAAGUCAGCCGCUAAUGGCAUCAUGUUGCAGACUAUUGGGCACGUGAAGACGUUCCUGAAGAAGGCAUCGCCCGAUUGGCUGGGCAAGGACUCUGGAAAGGCUUCCCUGGGUUUCAUCUCUGGCAGUCUGACUGGCGCUUUCGCGGAGGUGAUGACCAACCAUCCCGAUCAGGUGAAAACCAUGACGCAGACUGGUGUUCCCAUGAUGGACGCGCUGGUCAUUGCCACGAAGAACCCCUUCCGAGGUGCGCUUUGGGCUGGCAUCCGCAAGGGCGCUAUCCGUGGCAUCAAUUGGGGCUGCCUGGAGAUCUUCAUGGCCAUGAUCGAGAACAGCUACAGGAAGUUUAGGAAGAUGGCCGCCUCCUCCACGAAGACGGGCGAUCGGGUGUCCGAGUUCACUCGCGAGACUACGCCCAUGUGAAGCGUCCUUGCGUGUCCGUCGGCUCUGGCAGCUUUAAGAAUAGCAUCUGGUCAUUUGUGAGGUCUUCUUCAGCCUCCUUCUCUUGUUCCUCUCCGCCUAUACGCACGCUGGCGCGUCAAGUGGCGAGAUUGGCACAAGGCAGCCAAUCGCAUCAGACCGUGACGCAGUGACGGCCAAGACCGAGUGGGUGUUCUCCCACGGGCCGACGGGCCACCUGUCUCCGCCCCAGACUGGGGAGCGCUGCCCCUCUGCACACUCCGUUCCCCUUCAGCUCCGGGGAGUGGGAGGGAGGAGGAGGAGGAGGAGGAGGAGGAGGAGGAGGAGGAGGAGGAGGAAAAGGUCGUGCGCAACCGGGGGCAUCUCGUAUAGCGGGGCGCCCGAGAUAUUUUUUCGCGCAGGCCCCAACCGGGAGCCCCGAACGUCUGAGCACCCCAGAGCCCAGGAGGAUCGCGAGCUCGGGCAAAAAGAGGGAGUGGCCAGCCCCGCGCAGAGGGGAGCGGGGGGAGGGCGGAGGGCUUCUCAGAAGCACCCCUGGUUCUUAGACGGCGUGGGCCUUAUCAUUAGAUGCAGGGCUUGCGCCUUCUGAAAAGCAGCCUCCUCCUCCCAAGAAGCCUUCCCCUCGCCCUCCACCCCCUCGUGCGCGCCGCCAAGCGAGGGGGCACGACGAGGCCCCGGUGGCCCAAGAGUUGACGUGAGAGCGCUAUGGAGGAGCCGCGGCCCUCGUGGCGGAAGUACGCAUCGAAGACACC